AUGGAGGAGAGAAUAGGGGUGGGAGGAGCAGAAAUGCAAAGAAGAUGUCGAAACUUUGCCCACUGGAUCGAAUCAAGUGGGUUCAUAGACCUUAUGUAUUCUGGACCGAAACACACUUGGGCCCGAGGAGAAACGGAAGCUACCUACAUGGCAGCAAGACUAGACCGUUUCAUUUGCAAUGAGGAGUGGAGAUUAAGAUUUGAGGAGGGAGCAGUAUGUCACUUACCUAAGAACAUGUCCGAUCACUGCCCAAUUAUAGUGAGCUCAGGUGGUUUCGCGCCUAUCCCAACCUCUCUAAGGCCCUUUAGAUUCCAGGCAGCAUGGCUAAACCACGACAAAUUUGACAACUUUGUGUCUAGCAAUUGGAAUAGAACCGAACCUAUUGUUCCACUACAGAAAGAGUUUGCCUCGAGACUAGUCAAAUGGAACCGAGAAGUAUUUCAUAAUAUUUUUAGAAAGAAAGCGGAGUUGUGGGCAAGAAUUGGUGGAGUACAAAGGGAGCUCUCGAAUGGAUGGAACAGGAAAUGGGUGAAGCUGUAA